GAAUGGACGUUGGUCGAGUUGCAGGGCGACCUUGAGGCCAGGUCCGGGGAGGAAUCCCUGAAUAAUAAAUUCAUCGGGGAUCUCCAUUUUACAAAAAAUGGUGAGCCUGUCUUGUUAGUAGGGCAUCACAUUUUGUAUGGGGAAAUAAAAGAGUUGGAAAAACCUCUGGCCGUCGUUAUGAAGUGUAAAAGUAAACCACAGUUCAUAAAGAAUGAUGAACAGAUGGAUGAUACACCACUGCCACAUAAUGUCGAAUACAAAAUUGAAGCCAUCAUUCUUAAGAAGAUUUUAUUCAAAUCAAGACCGAAACCAAUCGUCUCUAAUGUUGCAAAGAAAAUUUAA